AUGGCACCUCCAAGAAAGCCGCGCUGCCACUUUAAGGACUGUAAAGAACCCGUCCAGCGGAUUGUUGGUGAUUGCGGAUUCUGCAACGGUCAUUUCUGUGGUAAACACCGCAUGCUGGAAUCGCAUGCUUGUAGCGGGCUGGAGGACUGCAAGAAGGAGAGUCAUGAACGGAAUGCGGAGCGGUUGAACGCGGAAAGGACGACGGUUAUCAAGGGUGUAUAG